GUUCGACGUCUGAUGUAUCUCAGUCGAUCAUCUGUCUUCAUCAUGUUCACUAAGACCGCCGUUGCUCUUGCCCUUGUGGCCGUAGCUUUGGCUGCUCCUUCACAGCCUUCUUAUGACUACUCUCCUCCGGAAUCCUAUGACUCUCCAGCUAAGUAUGACUUCAACUACGCUGUUAAGGACGACUACUCUGGAAACGACUUCGGUCACCAGGAAGCCCGUGACGGAUACAACACACAGGGUUCCUACUUUGUCCUGCUUCCCGACGGUCGUCUGCAGAGAGUCACUUACAAUGUCAACGGCGACUCUGGCUACGUAGCUGAGGUCAGCUACGAGGGCGAGGCCCAGUAUCCCGAGUACCAUCCUGCUCCUGCAUACAAGUCUACUCCUGCAUACAAGCCUGCUCCUGCCUACAAGCCUGCCCCUUCCUAUGAACCCGCUCCCACUUACACGCCUACCCAUGCUUACGCCUAAGUGUAAUCUAAUAUAUGCAAGAUAUUUAUUAAACAAAGACCUGAGCA